UAUUAUUUCCACUCAAGGACACUAAAAAUUAUAAUGGAGAGGACACCAACACAUCGUUUUGCAACAGUAAAAAUAAAGUAAUGUGAGAUGAUGAGUGAAUGAUAUCUUUGUGACUUUAGUGGACUUCUCCUACGCUCUUUGAGCGGAUAUGGUUAUGAAUACCUUUGAUCUGGACAUCGGGAAUGGAGUUCUAUUGAGUAAUGAUUUCAAGCUGCAGGUUGAGUUCUACAUUGGUUGUCUGCAACCAUGGUCACUACCAUUCAAGAGCACCUCCCUUCCAAACGUGGCUACUACACCUUCAGCCGACGGAUGCAAAUAAACAGCACUCGUGGACGAAACUAUAGUCAGUAGAGCACACCAAUAUGACCUUAAGUGGCGAAGCUGAAGGUCGACUCGACUGUAUUACAGCAUCUGUUGCUCAGAGAAGAGGAAUGAAGGGUCUUUGCAUCUUGUCAACAUUCCUUCCUCAUCCUUCGAAUCAUCACCGAGAUGGCAGAGCUUCAAUACCAACGGUUCCGAAAGGGCAACAUCGUUGAAGAAGUUUGUGUUAAAACUGCUUCCACCAAGGCAACCAAUGACUGCCCGCCAUGCUUUGUGCUUUUGCAAGACAUUCGAGAUGUGUUUCCGGAUGCACUGCGCUUCAAGCUGAAUGAGCAUCCCAUCCCAUUCCUUUCGGAUGCUGAUGGCAACAGAAUCGAGCCUCCGCGUAUUGCAUUCUAUCCUGACAAGAUCCUGGACAUCAUUACAGAACCACCACAGUGCUGCAACUGCGGCAGUAGCAACACCAUCGUCCAUUUGCCGACAUUGGGAGAGUCGAAAAACUUGGCUUUUCAUGACCUUCUUUUGUCAUUAUCAAACUUUGUCCAACCUUCUAAUAACGAGAAUUUCAACUCUCACUUUGAAGAGACUAAGAAAUUGCUGAUGGAGGCCAGUAAUGAGGGGAUUAAGCUGCAAUUAGAGUCUAAGAAGAAGGACGAUAGAAUGCUUGAACUGCAGUUGGAGGCUAAGGAGAAGGACGACAUGAUGAUUGAAAUGCAGAAGAAGAUGCUUCAACUGCAAUUCGAGGCCAAGGAGAAGGACGAAAGAAUGCUUGAAAUGCAACGGCAACCACUCGGCAGACUUGCCAUCCUGCAAAAGAAAGCUGGAGCUAUCCUUGUCCAGAAGUUUGAGCCACACGAGUAUCCAGUUCCUCGACUGUUUAUCAUUUUACCUGCCGAUCGUACCAAGUGGGACCCAAUGAAUGUCUUGAGGAACAAGGCGCGCCUUCAUUUCUUAUGCGAACAUGGGGAUAACACUGCAAAGACAGAUAAGAAUUGGCACGACCAAAUCCACCUUGCCAGACAUGAAGGAUAUGAGAUCCGGAACAGCACAGAGUUCUUUCAAAAGUAUGGAAAAUAUAUAGUUAUCCUUUUACAGUGGUUGAAGUUGGGGAUAGGAGCUGCUUCAGGUACUUCUCUGCCAUCAGUCCCAAAGCUGCUCGAUGCCGGCAUUGAUUAUUCAAUCAAGUAUAUGGAGCAGCUCUCUAAAGCGAAUCCAGCUCUGAGCAACAUCAACACAAUCGAUGACUUUGAGGCACUUGAAGGAGCAGAUCUUCGCCAACUGAGCAAACUCCUUCAAACCAAGGAUGAAGACUGGCAACUUGGCAACUUGUACAGGAUUACGACAGAAACAGGCCAUGUCAGAUGGGUUUGUGUCGACCACUACCGCUCAACAUAUAACGAGAGAGAACAGGAGGCGUUUGAAAAUGUAGUGGAGGUGGAGAUGAACCGUAGCAAGAAUACGUGGCACUGGGACAAGGAUACGUGGGACUGGAACAAGUAUGAGUCGCAUCUUGGCAAAGUGACUAUCACAUUGAGAUCCAGAAAUGCAGCAAGAGAAUUCUACAAUGCUCUGACCAAUGCAAAACAUGUGUACGAGAUGGAUAUUGCAUUAUUCUGGUAUUGGACUCGGACAGAUCUUAAAGCAUUAGAGAAAGCUCUAAAAGUGUCGAAUGUAUCGGUUCUUCGACUUAAUCUUGAGCAGCCUCAAGAAAGUAUUACCAUGGAAAUACUUCCAAUAUUACUUCCAAUAACCAUACCAUAUAAGAUGCUUGUUCGCAUCAUAUCACUUCGCAGAAUGAAGUCAAUCUGUAUUGUACUAUCUUCGGAUAUGAUCAAGCUUUCGAAUUUACCGAGUAAAAAACUACCACAUCUUCAUGAGUUAUCCUUUGAGAUAAGUCCUCGGAAGAUGGGAGCAAAUGCUUUUCGAGGACUUGUAAAUUCACUCAAGACCGAUGUGCCCUUGACGAGUUUGGACUUAGGGGACAACGCAAUUGGAUAUGAAGGAGUCCUGGCGCUGUCAGAGGCACUCAAGACAAACAAAGUUCUGACAAGUUUAGACUUGCUCGCCAACUCAAUUGGGAAAGAAGGAGCUCUGGCACUCUCAGAGGCACUCAAGACAAACACGACUUUGACAGAUUUGAAGUUGUUCAACAACUCUAUUGGCAAGAAAGGAGCUCAGGCACUCUCAGAGGCACUCAAGACAAAUAAGACUUUGAAAAAUUUGGAAUUGGGAGGCAACUCAAUUGGGAAAGAAGGAGCUCUGGCACUCUCGGAGGCACUCAAGACGAACAAGACUUUGGCAAAUCUGAGCUUGCUCGCCAACUCAAUUGGGAAUGAAGGAGCUCUAGCACUCUCAGAGGCACUCAAGAUAAACAAGACUUUGGCAAAUCUGACCUUGGGAUGCAACUCAAUUGGGAAAGAAGGAGCUCUAGCACUCUCAGAGGCACUCAAGACAAACAAGGCUUUGACAGAAUUGUUAUUAUUUCGGAACUCAAUUGGGAAUGAAGGAGCUCUGGCGCUCUCAGAGGCACUCAAGACAAACAAGACUUUGACAGAACUGGACUUGUGUAGGAACUCAAUUGGGCAAGAAGGAGCUCUGGCACUCUCGGAGGCACUCAAGACGAACACAACUUUGACAAACUUGAACUUGAGUGAAAACGUAAUUGGGGAUGAAGUAGUUCUGGUACUUUCAGAGGCACUCAAGACAAACAUGACUUUGACGAGUUUGAACUUGUAUUACAACUUUAUUGAGAAUGAAGGAGCUUCGGCACUGUCGGAGGUACUCAAGACAAACAUGACUUUGACAAAUUUGCACUUGGGAUACAACCAGAUUAAGAAUGAAGGAGCCUUAGCAUUCUCAGAGAUGCUCAAGACAAACACCACUCUGAAAAGGUUGGAGUUGAGAGGCAACCAAAUUUGGGAUGAAGGAGCUCUGGCACUUUCAGAGGCACACAAGGCAAACAAGGCUUUGGCAGAUUUGGACUUGCAAUAUGAAUUUUGAAGUAACUCUGACCCUGUCAGAGGUACUCAAUCCAAGGACAACACGGCAUAGCUUGGAUUACAUGCGUUUAACAUUACUAGUAGAAAAUAUAAAUGGUUUCAAUCCGCCACAGUAAUACUUGAUGCUCAGCCUCUUCUCCUACUCUGCAUUUCCACAACAUUCAUUUUUAU